AUGUCGUGGUUUGGCUCAUCUACGUCUUCACUCCAACUUGAGCUCGACAACAAAAUAUCAGAAGCUACAUCCGAAACGAUUCCCAAUGGAGAAAUUGAUUUAUCUGUGGCAUUAGAAAUCACUGACUUUAUUAGAUCGAAAAAACUACCUGCUCAAACAUGUAUGAGAAGCUUGAAGAAGCGAUUAAACAUGGUUUAUUCAAACCCCAACUUGAUCACCAGUACUUUGAAGUUGAUUGAUUUGUGCGUUAAAAACGGUGGGUUCCAUUUUCUCGUUGAAUUGAGUUCACGAGAAUUUGUUGACUACUUGGUUGACUUUAUUUUCAAGAUUCACUACAAUGUUCAAGAAAGUCUGGUGAAGCAGGAUGAAUCAAAGUAUAAUGUGGGGCAGUAUAUCCUUGAAUUGGUUAAAUCAUGGUACACAGCAUUUAAGGGACAAUUACAAUUGAAUUAUGUGGAGAAAAAGUACCAAGAAUUGGUCAAUGAAGGCUAUCAAUUCCCCUCGGUGGAUGAUUCAGUAAUUGAUUCGAAAUUCGUGGAUUCUGAAGUUCCACCUGAUUGGAUCGAUUCUGAUUCCUGUAUGAUUUGUUAUGCUCCCUUCUCCAUGUUGAAUAGAAAACAUCAUUGUCGUGCAUGUGGUGGGGUAUUUUGUCAAGAUCAUUCAAAGAACAACACAACAUUGGUGAAUUUGGGGAUUAUGGAACCAGUUAGAGUUUGUGACAAUUGUUAUGCUAAACAAAAGCAUAAAAAUAAGGGCAAGUCUGGAAAUGUUGUAAGGAGGACAGGAAGUGGUGCUGUUGAUCCCGGCGACGAUGAAGAUGAGCAAAUGAAACGCGCAAUUGAAUUAAGUUUACAGGAUAGUGGGGUACAGAUCGAACCCCCAAAGGAGCCACCCAGAUCAUCCAGUGAUGCUAAUCAUCAAGACGAUGAAGAAGAAGAUGAGGAAUUAAAGGCUGCAUUGGCCGCAAGUUUAAGGGAGUACGAACAAUCACAACCACAAACACAACAAUCGCAACAGACUACUGGCUCUCUUGAAAAUCCGUUUUCAAAUGAAACGGCUCUGCAACCAGCAUCAGAUGUUUACAAUAUAGAUUUCACUUCUGCUUCAAAUUAUCAGCGUUCUCAAUAUAAUGUCCCACAAGGACAGUUUCAAGCUCAACACUCGCAAUUGUCCCAACAACAACAACAACAACAACAACAGCAGCAGCAGCAGCAGUUUAUACCACCACAACCACCGCAGCAGCAGCACCCACAAGACCUUUCACAAUCCGAAGAGGAACAGAUCAAUUUGUUUAUUACGUUAAUGAAUAAUGUGCGUAAUGACUCAAAGAAGCAAGCUAAUAUAAUGUAUGAUCAGAACUUGAAUGAAUUGCAUUCACAAGUAAUACGCUUGAAACCAAAAGUCAAUAGAUCACUACGUGAAGCAAUGAAUAAGUACAGUCAAUUUGUGGAAAUGAGUAAUAAAUUGAGUACAAUAGUUAGAUUGUAUGAUCAAUUUUGGGAGCAGAAAUUGAAUGCGGGUAUGAAUAAUGUUGGUUUUGGCAAUGACAAUGAGUACCCAUUGUAUCCACUGGUUGGGUAUCAAGCAUACCCAAAACAGCAAGUAAGUCAACCAGCAUUGAGCCAACAAGCAAGUGGAGUUGCACCAACUCAACAGCUGCCUUAUUCACAAUACAAUGGACAAGCUCCAUCAGAGCCCGAUUUUGAGGCAUCUUAUACACCUGCUGCUACACACCAAAAUGGAUUUUAUAGUCAACCCACUGAGCCCAGUUUGGAAGGUGAGGAACUAAAACAGCAAUAUCCACCACAGACAAGCCGUAAACAAUCUCAAACGGUGUAUCCAACGAGCGAAAUACUUCCUGAUUCAGGAGACAGUGAUCAAGAAAAGAGCACUAACAACAACAGUGAUAACAACAAUGAUUAUGUCACCGUGUCGUUACCACACUAUCCACCACCUGAGGACUUGAGCAAUGAAUUACCGCCGCAAUCGUUUAUUCGACACGCAACAAGCAACUUACCCGCCAAUGCCUACGAAGCUGCAUCAGCAAAGUACCCUGCAUUGGAUGAUGUCGAAGAGGAUUACGAAAGACAGAAUCCUUCCAAAGGGCAGCAACAACAGCAGCAGCAACAACAGCAGCAGCAACAACAAGAGCAGCAGCAACAACAAGAGCAGCAGCAACAACAUCAUGGAUUGAAUGAGCUUCCACAGUUGCCCCAGAAUUUGCCGUCUUUUGACCAGGAUGGGCGGAACGAGGCGGUGGCAAGUCGUAGUCGUAGACAGUCGCUGUUUGAACCAGAGCCAUUAAUAGAUUUAUAG